GCUGAUUAUAAGUAGGAGUGUUUCAGUCUAGAGGGGAACAUUCCAGGGCGCAAAGUGACACCUGACUUAGCGCCACCAGCACCAAACAUGCAGCAGCGGCUACUCUGGCUCAUCGCUCUCCUGCCCCUGGCCAUACAAGCCAUGCCAUUCGCCGUAUCUCCGGGAACAUGGUCCGUCCGGGAGAUCCCAACGUCCCAGCGAGCAGCAAGGGAAGCCGGCAGGGUGGCAGUGCAGUAUCUCAACUACUACUCGGGCUCUCCUCACCAGCUAGUGUACCUAGAUGUGGUCAGGAAGGCAACCGUGAAGUCUGUUCCAGAGAUAGGGGACAAAUUCUACAUUGAAUUUACAACUAAGGACUAUCAGACCAAUCAGGAGGUUCGGGUAUGCACUGCAUCAGUUUUCUUCCGACAGAGACAGGCAAAGCCAGCCAUACAUGUCAACUGCUCUACCAGCGGGAGCCUGAUGAAGGCACGGGAAGAUGAUUAUAAUUUUUACAGGCAAAUGAAGAAACAAAUAACACCCAUUAGUGGAAAGGACAUUCCUGACAGUUUUGGGUUCAUUGAUCCCGAUAUGCUGCCUGUGUGGUACUUGGCCAUUAUGGGAAGCAGCUUUGCAAUAUGGGAAAAGACCUCAGAGGAACGCAGUUACACUAUGGCACAGAUCAAGACCGUGCAGCAGCUGCCCCGGAAAGAUGAUUCAAUCGCUUUUGAUUACGACAUCCUCCUUCAUGAACUUCCAACUGAGGAAAUGAUAUUUUGCAGCCUCCAUAUUGUCUGGAUUCCUGGGAAGCCGCCCAAAGUGGAUUAUGAGUGUUCCCACAAUGCUGAGAAUGGCUCAGGCACUGAAUCAGAAGAAGGAUCAACUUUCUUGGGGAAUUUCAAAUAGAACAAAGAAUGCUUGUCUUCUGUAAAAACCUUAUAUCAAGGUUUUUGAAAAUGAUACUUCUGAUUUUAAUGGUGGGAUAGCUUCUAGACUAGGCAAAUAGGAACAGGAUUACUCCACCAGCUCCGUAGAUGCACUUACUAACGCAGGUCCUUAACUGUCGCCUACUGAAAUGGCACAUGGUGUACUAUCAUACGGCGCACUCAAAGCUCACACACUGGCUGCUCUACUUGGUAGUGUUGGCUGUUGUUUUACCCCACUUUUUCACUGCCCCAUGCCCCUCCUUUAGGUUCCCAUAUAAAAAUUAAUUAAUGACAAAGAAAUGAGCACAUACUGGGUGACACAGGCAUACACACGCAAUAUAUACAUAGAAUGUGUACACUUCCACUGUAAGCUGCAGCCUUCUGGUGGCUUACAAUUGAAUGAGAAUGUCGCUGCACGUCAACCUGAACAAACAACAGACAGCUUUGAUCAGAGUUAAUUCUGUCUUGAUGAAAGUGUUUCAACACCAAAACGUUGACCUAACAAAUUUCUUUUUUUUUUUUUAUUAUUAAGGCUGGUGCACACUUAAAACCAAUAAUAAUUUGGGAUUAGAGUUUACAUUAUGGUAUAAAAUAUAACUAAUUCCCAUAAGGAGUCACUUAUCAUGACCCUUAGUGCUCAUUCAAAGAGCACUGUUUGCCCUCAUUCUGGGGUGCAGUCUGGGACAUGAGAUGCAUUAUCAGGAUGCGCAGGCUAGCCCUGUACUGAUGAAUGCCAUAGGGCUAGUGGUAAGGACAGGGACUUAUUGCAACUUGCAUCUUCUGCCGCUUUCUGAAUGAUACAAAAGUUAGGGGAAUAAAGCAGGGAUGAGUCUGUGCCUUCCCUCACCAAUACAGUGCUGGUGAAUGCAAUCAUCCUUAUAAUUUGUGUAGCUAGUCCCAGAGACCUGUGGCAAUUUGGAAAGACAAGAAACAUUGUGCAUGGAAGACAUGGAAAUGUACAUAUUCAUUGUAUCUUGAGCAUCUAACUGAAGUGUUCUUAGGCCAAGAAUAAUGGCUAAAAAACUGAUAUCCCUCUACUCAUCUUCAAAGGAUAUUGUUUUAUUUGUGCAUAAAACUCUUCUCCCGGUACUUCUCUUAUAAAUAAAAGUGGGAGCUGCCAUUUAUCCUGUGUUAUAUGAGGCAAUCACCAUAGAUGAUCAAGAAAAUAAAAACCCUCAGAACAAAUGAAUGUAAAAUUGCUCCCCUGAGCACUUUUACUAUUUACAUCAUCUUUUUCUUAUUUUCAAGAUAAUAGUGUUUUUUUGCAGUGCUAAUAUAAUGACAUUGAAACAACAAUGCCACCUGGUCAGUUAAGCCAAUUGUCUUGAAAGUCAAAAGUAGAAAGAGUAGAAAAUAAUAAUUUGCCUAUGCAGAGCAACAUCACAGGCAAACUAAAUGCUUCAGUACAAUGCAAAUAUGUAGGAAAGAAAUAUUUUUAUACACUAUGAAAGAUGCCUUCAUACCAAUUGGAAGAAAUAUGCUAAAAAUACUAAGAAUGUAAAGGGGAAAUGCACCCUACUUUAGUGUACCACUCUGUAUGUCUUACCCAAUAGAAUGAAGUCAGGUUAAUCCCAUGGAAAGACAAUCCUGCCCUAAACACUUUAUGGCUUGUACUGAUAGUGCAGUUCAAUCAUUGACUACUGUUACAUGACAGGCUGCUGUGGCAAAAUGACAAUAAAACUACCAAAACCCUGGAAGAUAUGGCUGGUCAAUUUAUCAGUUUUUUACCAUUUUUCACCAUAUCUCAAGCAGAUUGACAUUCUUUUUAGUUAAUAGUCAUUGUUGAUUCAAGCCCUUUUUAAGAUUACUGCCCUGCCCUCUGUGAUUACAUUUUCAGUCUGAGGUUGAAUCUAACAGUUUGGAAAACUAAAUCGGCCACAUAUCAACCUGACAAGACAUAUAAGCGGCUCUCACUGCUUUAUCCACCUUAGGGAAAUGGGAUCUAGCUUCUGCCUUAAUUAAACAGGUGAGACAACAGUUUAAUUAAAUCGAAGUUUAUAAAAUUUAUAAAAAUGUAUCAUUACAGAUGGGCCAGUUUUUAAUUAUUAGCCUCCUUAUUAUCCCUAUUCCUGUCAUGCAGUUAAACUACUAUAUGCUUAUCAGGGUCUCUGACCCAAGCAACUUAAAAUUUAGAAUUAUUGGAUUAAAAUGGACUCCAGGGGAGAUGGCCUUCUUGUAAUUUGAACAUUUCUGGAUAAUGGGUUUUGGGAUAAGAUAUCCCAUACCUGUACUAUAAGUUCAUUUUCUAGUGAUCUACCUCCUUAAGGGCUUGACCAAUUGUUGCACUGCAGCUCCCAGCAGCCCUAUAUGCAAGGCUACAGUGAGACAAGUGGUGUAUUCCCAACUUAAAGGUAUGUUUUAUCAACUUAAUUCUGGGGACCUUUAGGGCAAACACCCUUGUUAUUACAUCAUGGUUUUAAAGGUUCAUGUAAACGCUUAAGAUGGAAACCCCUGAAAAUAGAACAAAGCAGACCUAGACUGGGAUUCAAAGUAGGCCCAAACAGCCCCCCACCAGCCCUUUGAAUAGUGACAGUCUAUGGCAUCUUACAGCAGCCCCUCUGGCAUUUGCCAGAAUUCACAACUUGCCAGUCCAGGCCUGUAACACAGUGUAUAAAAAGCUAAGUCUAUAUAUAUAUACUGCACUUUACUGGAGUGCAACAAAAAGCCAUAUAGUAGACUAUAUUAAAAAUGUAAUCUAUUUUUUCAUUAUUUUUUUGCACUAGAAACGCUGCAUUUAGAAAUAAACACCUGUAAAGAAUGGAAGUAUUUAAUAUUUUAAUAAAAUUACAUGUAUGUAA